ACUAUCAAACCCUAAUUCAGAGAGCUUCAUCUCAUUUUCCAGCUGAUAAUCAGAAGAAGUAUCACUAUCAGUACUAUAUCUCAUCAAUGGCGGAUACCACCGAUCUCUCUGCCAUUCUUCCUCGCGUCCUCAUCGUCUCCAGGCGAUGCAUCCGCAAGAACAAAUUCGUUGAUUUCGUCGGUGAAUAUCAUCUAGAUCUCAUAGUGAAUUAUGGAGCAGUCCCUGUAAUUGUCCCCAGAGUCACCGGCGUUCAUAUGUUACUAGAAAGCUUCGAGCCAAUUCAUGGUGUCCUUCUCUGCGAAGGAGAAGACAUCGACCCUUCCCUAUACGAAUCAGAAACCUCCGGCCUAUCGCCGGAGGAACUCGACGAGAUCCGGAAACUCCAUGCUAGCGACACGGCCAUCGACAAGGAAAAGGACUCGAUCGAAUUAAGGCUGGCCAAGCUCUGCCUUGAGAGGAACAUUCCCUUCUUGGGCAUAUGCAGGGGAUCUCAAAUCCUAAAUGUUGCCAGCGGAGGCACACUUUAUCAAGACGUGGAAAAAGAGUUGCCAAAGGAAUCGCCGGAGAUUGAAACGGUGUUGCACAUUGAUUACGACAACUACGAUGGACAUAGACAUAGAGUGAAGGUGAUUGAAGGAACCCCAUUGUCUGACUGGUUUAAGAAUGAAGAAGAAAGUGGGAAGAAGGAAAUUUUAGUAAAUAGUUAUCAUCAUCAAGGGGUGAGGAAGCUGGCAGAGAGAUUCUCCCCGAUGGCAUUCUCUCCUGACGGAUUAAUUGAAGGGUUUUAUGAUCCUAAUAGUUAUAACCCUGAAGAGGGUAAGUUCAUAAUGGGAUUACAGUUUCAUCCAGAGAGAAUGAGACAACCUUAUUCCGAUGAAUUCGAUUACCCCGGUUGCCCCUGUGCUUAUCAAGAAUUCGUGAAAGCAGUGAUUGCUUACAAGAAGAAGAAAACAACACAAUUGGCAAUUAAUAGUUUGAAUGUAGAACACAUGAAGGAAAUGGAGAGGAAGAGGAUUGCCAUAGCAAGGAGUUUCUCUUUUGCAAGAGUUAUAUACAAGGGAAACUUUCAUGAUGAUGAUGAAUUCAAAGAAUCUGAUCAUGAUCUUGAAGCUGGUGCACAAUUUCUUGAGUCAAACAGUGCAAUACUGAGUUUACAGGAAGAGAAGAGGCUAAAGCAAAUAGGGGCGACGGUUAGGAAUGCGUCGGCAUAUUUGGAUAAGUUGAAGAUGAAUGAGGAGAGAGAAAAGAUGAUGAAGAAGAUGAGUGUAGAACAGUUGUCUGAACUGGUCUCAUUUUAUCAUAUCAUGGGCAACAUUUGCUCUGACUUGCUUCACACCAAGAUUCGUCAUUGUCAAUGA